AUGAAGUACUUCUUGCUCUCCAUUGCAGUUCUCGCUCUGGCCUACCGUGUGUCUACAAUCAUCACUCGCUACGACCAAUGGAGGUUCCAGGAGGCGCAGGCUUCGCUGGGAGUCACCUUCGACUCCAACUCCAACGGCUUCUUUCCGUCGCCGCUUCCGCCUCCUAUUCCAAGGCUACGUCUCCACGACGCCACACCGGACCUCCUUCAAGAGUUUGAGAAGAGUGGAAUCUCAGUACUGGUAAGCUUGCCGAAUGAAUUGCUGGCUAAGCUAGCCGGCAAUUCUUCUGCAGCGGUGGUGGAGAUUCUUGGACCGAUCUUGUCCUCAGCUGCCGUAUCCACCAUCUCCGUGGGAGAAGAACCAAAAGCUGCUGAAUCUCAGGUGUUGAUGGAGGCGGUGAAGAAGGUACAGGAAGCGACGAGGCUGCUCAAAGUUGAAUCGGCAAUUUCCGUCACGGUGAGCUUUGGAGACGUGAUCGAUCCGCCGCCGUUCCUUGGACCUUUGCUUCGGUUCCUCAACCACAGCGGCUCUCCUCUCCUCGUCAAGCUGGAUGUGUACGAGUACUACAAAACCUACGCCUAUCCACUGCCUUUCGCCCUUUCCCAAUCGCAAGGCAAUCACACCUUCUCCGCUUCGGAUCCGCUAGCCAAGCGCUAUAACUCAGCGGCGUCGUCGAGGUCUUGA